CGCGAACCAGCCGGCGCCAGAUCCCCGAUUCGUCUCGCUGGAUCCCUUUGAGUCGUACCCGCCAACAAGACUCCCGGCGCAGCAUGUCCAGCGUUUAAUCCAUAGCUGUGAGUCUCUAUCAUUGCUUGAAUUCUUCCCUCCUUUACCCCCCCUCACCCUCUAGUUCUGCAUAAAAUCGCAUUCAUGUACUACCCCCUCGACCUCAACCCGGCCUCCAACCCGUUCCUCCUCUCCUGGUGGCCGUUGGCCCUGGGUGAUCCGGCCCUGUUUCACGUCUCGCUGCAGACAGCCUGUUUGGAUGAGGAGCUGCUCGCCCAGCGUGGGUUUGGUACUUCGGACCUCCUCAUGGCCGACUCGGUGGCUUUGCUGAGGCGGAAACUCGCGCACGCCUCUCUGGCCGUCCAGGAUGGGACGAUGGAUUCAGUCAUCACUUUAGCAGCAAUCGAGUUCGGGAAGGGAAACGGAACAGUUGCCAGGAUGCACGUCGAGGGCGUGAAACAGCUGAUCAGGAUACGAGGCGGCAUCAAUUCAGUGCGUCAGACCAGUCCACUAACAGCUCGAAUGGUCAGUUGGGUAUCGAUGCUGGUCAUGGGCCAUCCUCAGUUCGAGACACAAGAUGACGCCGGAAUGGGAGACGGCAUCCCCCCGAUUCCAGAAUGGAUGGAUCCCCAACAAGAUGAAGAUGAGAUUCUCGUUGGAAUCGACAGUGAGGUGAGGAAUGUGUUUAUUCGUCUUCGCGGUGUCUUCCACCGAGCACGCACAAGACCCUUGCCAUCGACAAGAUUACAUGACCUCGUCUGUUUUAUCAUCCAUCGCCUUCUAUCUUUAGAUUUGCCAUCCUCAUCAUCAUCAUCAGACAAUCCAUCCCUUAGCAACCGUCUCAGCAACUGCCUUCGACACGCCAUCAUUCUCUACAUGUUCCUCAUCCAUGGAACCACAUACUUCUCCCACGCGGUAAUCAUGAACACGAUCCUCACCCGCUUCAUGCAGGAUCUCGCCCAGAUUGAAUCCUCCUUGAUAUCACAUUCCCUUCACGUCUGGCUGUGUGGUAUUGGAAUGGUGGCCUCGACUGGAACACCGUAUCAUACAUGGUUCAUGGACAGAGCUCGCGAUACUGCUCUUUCUCUGCAGUUAACCUGUGCUGACGAUGCCCUGGGCCAUAUCCAGUCUGUUCUGUGUCUGGACACGGGCAUCUUUCGACCAUACUGGAUGGCGAGUGUAUUUCAUUAUACAGCUCCAGUAUAAUACUGAUACUAGCUAUUAUUAAUAAUGAAGAAGAUACUAGAUAUGAGUAUAUGAUAGGAAGAGAGAAAAUUAGAGCAGAAAAGCUCAAAGAAGGGAUUCCAGACUCACAUGGGAGUACCAUAGAUAAAAACCGUCAAAUGAAAG